AUGGAUAAUAAUUUUAUGAAUAGUAAGACUGAAGAGAGCGGAGAAAACACAUCCUCUAUUAUCAUGGACUCAUCGUCUAAAUCUCUUAUGGAUGUAUCCUGGCUUAGCAGUCUUCAGAAUGAUCAGUCUGGUCAAACAGAACCCGCUCCUGAUCUUCCUCUUUAUCUUCCUGGCUGGAUGAAUAUAGAGACUGCAGGAAAAUCUACAGAUAUAAUAAGAAUGCGCGUAGAAGGCGUGUAUUAUGGCUUUCUUGUAUCUAAAUAUCCAGAAACAUUGUGUGAAGUAGAAGAAGUCGAAGAUAGAAUUAUACAUAGUAAAAAGUUUGGGCCGUCGCCUAUUAAAGAAGAGUGUGUUGCUAACUGUGCAUCAAUAAUUACAGAUGUAAUUAGCAUUUCAGAUAGCGACGAUCCCCUUAGCAUUCCACAGGAUAAUUAUAAGAACGAAAAAGAGCAGGAACUAGAAAUGGCUCGAAAAAGGCUCAAUACGCGUAUGUUCUUUUUAUGGGAUAGAGAAUCCGCAGAGAAAAACAUCGCACUGCAUAACAUACAUGCUAUAAAGCACGCAAAAAAUGGUAGAGUAUCUAUAGGUCUAAUUCAGCCAGCUGAUAUAUUAGAACAGCUUACCUGUAUAUCUUUGCGGCACAGCGUAUCAUUUGUUUAUUUAAACACAAAUACAUUAGACAUUGCACUUAAUUCAUUAGAAGCAGCAAUUCUUCGAGAUGGAAAAGAAGCAGGUCCUGCGCUUAAACUAAAAAAAACAAGCAACCCACAAGAACUAAUGGAAAUCAUUCUUCGGUCUAUCUCUGGCAUAGGAAAUGAGGAAAUUCGAAUUUUAAAAGCUCAAUUUGCAUCAGUCUCAGAAUUAUCGGAAAUAAACAAAAUAGAAUCUAUUACUGGGGUAAAGGAAAGUACAAUUUUAAAAAUUAGAAGUAUUUUCAGAUAAAUCCAUUAAGAAGAUUCCCAAACCACGAAAUACAGUACAGAAUAUAUAAUUUUACAGAAAUAUAACUCAAAAAUAAAAACA